AUGGCUUUCCAGAACUCCCUGAGCGGUCGCAUGGAGGAACUGCGGUUCCCCUCUAUGCGGUCUCCCGAGCACGACUCAUUUCCUUCUGCUGGGCCGGCCACUUCUCGCCCCGAGAAUACCUUCUUCUCGACAAACCACAACGACACGCGGGCUAGUCUUCAGCGUCGCUUCACCACCGAUUCGAGCAAGAUGUCCCUCGGGCGACCAUUCGGAGGCCAGUUCAACAAUAUACCACAAACGGGCACUAAACAGAAGAUGAUGGACGACAUCCACACUGCGAAGCGGCUGGCUGAAGAGCAUCUCCGCCUCCUCGAAUUCCAGGAACGGCGAUUGCAGAUGGGUGCAAAUGGCGACGAGAACAUGGAUACCAUCACGAACCGCCUGAGUCGCGCCAGUCUGAAUGGCCCUGUGUCUGAGCCAACUACCCCUCCAGAAUACGCGGACGGCAUCUAUGGCAACCGCUAUUCACGUGGCCAACGCUUGUCUACGAGCUCCGUGAUGAGUCCCCCUGGUCUUGGCAAGCGGUUCUCCCAAGUCUCAACUCAUAUUAUGUCCCCCUCGGCAACCCGCCAGUCUGGAUCCAUGUACGCUCAAGCUCAACAGUCUGCCAAGUCAGUUCCAGCCUCUCGACGAGGAUCAGACGAAGAAGAGGACUACGCCGAGGACCUGCCUAACAUACGUCAGCCGGGCAUUGGUAACCGGUAUUCUAUGCCAGUCGGUACUAGCCGACCCGCCCAGACACAUCGCUUCUCGGUGGGCCAGGUCACAACCCGCAACGGUUUUGACUUACCCAUCAACACAUCCUUCCUUGACGACGGAGAUCAUUCGGCGCUCAACGGUCUUGACCUCAAAUCCCCCAUUUCUAAGACCUUCGCUGCCCUCGAAGGUGACGAUACCUUUCCAACUCUAACUUCUGACGGCUUGAAGCUCUCAGCAAACUCCGCAGCGCUCGACUUGGCCAACUCCAAGACUCCUGACGCUCUCGCACAACUUGAAAUUGCUGACUGGUCUGUCGGCUCUCGUUAUCGUCCUGCCCAUCAAUCGAUGCCCCACAACGAUUCAAGCAUGUAUCGCCCUGUCUUGAGCAAUAUCUCUUCCCCCUCUGCUGAGCGCUCUGGUGAAUCAACUCGUCGCAAGAGCCAGCGUCACUCCAUGGGCGUUACCUUCGAAGAGGGUCCCAAGUACGACAAUACCCCACUUCCUACUAGCAUUAGUCGUCCUGCCUCCCUACAGACCUCUUACUCUACCAACGACGUCCCCACUGUCCGCAAGAGCCUCACUCUCGAUAACACUGCGACUCCUCCCAAGACUGCUGCUGAGCAGCACUUCCACAACCACAACCUCAGCAUGGGCCGCAUUCCUAACUCUGCCGGUGGCACUCGUCAGAGCCGUGACUUCGGUAAUGGCGGUUUCGGCAAGAUGGAUGAGAAGGCUGCUAGUCCUCAGAUUGGUCUGCAGGGUAGCGCUGCUCCCUUCGGUCCCACCUAUUCUGCUGAAUCUGCCCUGAUGAGCCCUACUGGUGUCUACAGCCAGCCCUCUAGCUACACCUUCAACAACCCUGGCUACAUCAACGGUCAGAAUGGUGCAGUCUCUAGCUUUGGUCAGUCUACAUAUGGCGCUGGCAACGGUACCUAUGGUGGUACAUAUGCCAAGACUCAAGACACUGCCCCUCGCCGCGGCGGUCGCAACUUCGAUGAGGCUCGAUUCAAUAACGUUCCUCUCGAAACCUAUCGCGGCCGUCUGUUUGAGUUGUGCAAGGACCAGCACGGCUGCCGCUACCUUCAGCGCAAGCUUGAGGAGGGCGAUGCUGAGCAGAUUCAGGCUAUCUUCGCCGAAACCUUCCCUCACAUCGUCGAGCUGAUGACCGAUCCCUUUGGGAACUACUUGUGUCAGAAGCUCUUCGAGUUCUGCAACGAGGAGCAACGAAACACCCUCAUUCAGACCUCGUCUCCGGCUCUGCACACUAUUGCGACCAACCAGCACGGCACUCGCGCUUUGCAGAAAAUGAUCGAGUACUUGCACACCUCUGAGCAGGUCGAGAUGAUCAUUCAAGCUCUGUCUCCCCACGUUGUUGAGCUCGUCCAAGACCUCAACGGCAACCACGUCAUUCAGAAGUGCCUCACUCGUCUCGGUGCUGAGAAGUCUCAGUUCAUCUAUGAUGCCGUCGCUCGGUACUGUGUCGUCGUUGGCACCCACCGUCACGGUUGCUGCGUUCUUCAGCGCUGCAUCGAUCACUCUCAGGGUGUGCAGCGUGCCGAGCUCAUUGCCCAAAUCACUCUCUGUGCCUUUGAUCUCGUUCAGGAUCCUUUCGGCAACUAUGUCGUCCAGUACAUCCUCGACAUUGAUGAGCCUGCCUACACCAAGCCGCUUUGCCAGAGCUUCAAGGGCAAGGUGGUUGCUCUCUCCAAGCAGAAGUUCUCUUCCAACGUCAUUGAGAAGUGUCUGCGCACUGCUGACAUGGACACUAAGCGCGCUCUCGUGGAUGAGAUGAUGCUUGGUACUGAGCUUGAACGUAUGCUGCGCGACUCCUUCGCCAACUAUGUUGUUCAGACUGCUCUCGAGUUCGUUGAUGAGGCCACUCGCAUCCGUCUCUCUGACGGUAUUCGUCCUAUUUUGCCUGCCAUCAAGUCGACUCCUCAUGGUCGCCGCAUUGCGAGCAAGAUCAUGAGCCAGGACCAGCAAGCUCGUCAGCCACCUUCGGUCAACAAUGGCCCCACCUCAAGCUCGUUCAACAACAACAUGACUGGUGGCAUGCCCCCUGGAGGUAUGUCUACUGGCCGUGCCUCAGGUCGCCGUCACAUUCAGAUCGUUGGUGGUGGCUUCAACGGUCCUCGUGGCAAUGCCCCUCCCAACGGAUUCCCCUACGCUGGCAACAACACUGAUCUUUAUGCCAACGCGAACGGCUACUCGGCUGUGUCCAACAUGCAGGGUGGUCAUGUCAACCAGGGUGCUACUGACAUGUACGCUCCUCAAGGCUACGGCUAUUCGCAGGGUCAGCUUGGCAACGGCUUCAUCUAA